UGCACCUUCAACAUCGUCAGGCUCUGGGCCUCCGAGAACCGCUCAGCCUCCAACUGGGGUCUCGACCGCGGCGAUCGGCCGCCAUCUUCUUUCCGGCUCAAAUGGUGCUGGAGGAACAGGAUCUUCAUCCGCGUCAACAUCAUCGCACAGAAUCUGUUCCUUGACGACGUCUUUCGCUAGAAGUGCUGCUUCGACAAGAGCGCCCUCGCUUGUUCCCUCUGCUCGAGGGCCCGGUGGAGGAUGCCGAGAGAUUAUGGAGCAGGGACUUGCCAAAACCGCAAAGCAGCACGUCGCGUGUAGUACCAAGACGGCAUCCACAGAAGCGACCACGGCCUCAGCUCAGCGCUAUUUGCCUCCGCGACCCGUACAGAUGGCUGCAAAGAUGCGCCCGCAAAUCAGACUGCCUGCAUCUUCCACUACCACAAGGAGCUCUUGCGUAACUAGCGGAAGAGCAACGCCGACGGCUUCAGCAAGUCGGAUGGCCGUCGGCCCCACACCGGGUCAGUCGGGCAGAAGCGCCAGGACAAGCUUGGCAGGCACCAAAAUAACGAACAACAACGGGCCGAUGUUAUUAAAAGUAGCUUCCUCGUCAAGCGCCAGCUCGAGCUCGACACGAGCACAUUCGCGAUCGAGAACCAAGGCCCCCCUGGAUCAAGGGCGUAGCAUGCUCUUUCCUUCGGGCGCAGUGUCGCCGCAGCAUCAGCACCAUGAUUCCGCAAUGACACGUCGUUCCGAAACCAGUCAGAGUUGUCCUCUAGAGGGGGAGGACAGCAGUGUCGGAGAGAGCUUUGCGUUCGGAGAAACCAAUGGCACAAAACACAAUCUGCAGGUGGAGGAGCAGCUGCAGCAGCAGCCUCGUCCGGAUGAAAGGCUAAUGCCUACGGAGGUUCUUGUGACCUGCACCUGUGUACCAGCUGGGACUGCUUGUGGUCCCGAACCCGAUGCAGGACUGGAUCGUCCGGAUACAGACGCUGUGUCAACUACACGUUCAGGUGAGGUCGAUAAGACGAAUCCGAUUCUGCGAGAUGCCGACGUUUCUCCUCAGAACUCGCUCGGCGAUCGAAGGAACAUCUGCAGCUUGAUCCUCGGGAAUACAGCUCACAGUGCACCACCACCACGCGCUGGCCAAGUAGAAGUUCCUCAGAGCCUGAGUACUGGCCUCAUUUGUUUAGGCGAGCCAGAACCCGUCCCCGAAGACACAUCGCAAGUGACCGAGGGCGAAGUUGUUGAUGAAGCCAUCGUCCCGAUUCUUCAUUCGGCAGCGCUGACAAGAGAUGCAUGUAACUUGGUAACUGGAACUGGUCCACCUGUACAACAAGUUGCAGCUGUAGCCAAGAGUGAGAGCAGCGGCGGAAAUGCUCUAGAAGAAGGACGACCCGCUGCCGCGGAGGAUGCUGGCGGAAUGGGGCAGGGUCAGGAGCAGAAAUCGAAGAUCAGAGGUGCGCAACAAGCGCUGAAAAAUGCCGACGCCGAUGCGAGGAGUGAACAGCAAGAGGAUGCAGACGCAGCUAUUGGGACGACAAGUCUUGUUGCUGCCGAAUUUCGUCUUGCUGGCGGGGAGCGGAGGUUUUUAGGCCCAAUAUUGGACCCACAAGUAGCUUUACCGCAAGUGGUCGAGCAACACCCCGAGCUAAGGUGCAGGCCGCCUCCUUCGCUUCCAGAAUUCCCCGUGAGUUUGACGAAACGUCGCGACAGCCCGGACGACGUAAUUGAUUCUAGUGAUAGUGAAGCAGGACCAGCAGCGGAAGACGAGCAGGCACCGGACAACGUCCUCCUUCGAUGUACAUCACCACAUACUGCUGCAUCGCAAUCGGCUAACGCUCGAUUACAAAUUUUCGAGACGUCGAUUGCCCAACAAUCAGGGCCUGACGCAUGCAAAAGUAGUGCAAUAAUGGAACAGGCUCCCGGUGGCGGUAAUCAUGACGAACGGCAUAUGAGCGGGAUUACAACGUUGCUCGAGCAAGAAUUUCAGAAAAUGAAUUCGCUGAGAUUGUCGCCUCAGCUCGACACCCGUUCGCUCAUUCGCACUUCCCAUGCCGCUCCGGAUCCGGAUUCCGGGACAACAAAAUUAGAUUACGUGAAAAAUGGGUCUCCACCAGCGCCAGCGUCUCGCGACACAUAAGCCUUCGACAGCUUGUGCCGUCAGAUGAAAGAAGCCACCUUUAUCUCUACAGGAGCGCUCCCGGAUACUUGUUGUUGUUCCAGAUAGAGCUCACUCGACUGAGGGUGUGUGAGAUUACCUGCUGGCGACACAGAGCCUCGUCAUGUCGAGUAGUGCGCCUCAUCAUGUCGAGUCAUCUCUAGCGACAAGAAAACGAGCAGUGCGCCAGCGCCUCAUCAUGUCGAAAAAAGCAGAGAAAAGAUAUGUUUUUCAUCGCUUUUUUCGCUCCACAUGAAGAAAACUUGCCUCAUGGUGAUUGACCCUGAGCUCCUGUUUGCCUUUGAACACACGAC